AUGGAGGAAGAGAAGAUGAACCUAAGAUUAGACAUAGAAGUUCAAAAGCUCGAAACUGAGAAAUUAAGAAAAGGGAAAAACAAGACUGAGGAGGAGUUGGAUAGUUUGAAGACAGAUUAUAAAAAGUUACGUCUGUCAAUAAGAACUGUCGAGCUGGAAAAAACUUCAAAACAGUGGCGUGCAGAAAUUCGAGAAGAAAAUGACAAAGUCAAUAGAUGGGAACAGAAAUUCCAAGAGGUUCAGACACGAAAUGAGGCUUUAGAGAAGAGUUUGUCAGAAAGCCAAAAGGAAAAAUACAAGUUAAAGGACAGGGUGACCGAGUUGGAAAGAUCUCUUCGUUACUCUGCAAUAGAAUUGAGAGCAAGCUUGAGCAAGAUUGAGGAAAUGAAGAAAAGAAUAGAAGAGUUAGAAACGACAUUGCAAAACUGUGAGAUCCGGAUCGAGUACUUGGAAGUAAAUGAAAGUCGCUUUACCCCUCAGCAUGUUGAGGUAUAUCCGCACAAAUCUUCUAUCACCAUCAAGCCUCAGCAGUUUCAGGCCGGUGCUUCAAUGCCAAUGGAUUUUCAAGCUGGAUCAGGCUCUAACCCCGGAGACAACCUUGUUAAUCCUGCUAUCUCUGACUUCGAUGAAACAGCUGGAAAAGAAAAAUAA